AUGAUAAGGACUGGCGACAGAUGGACACUAAGGACUCUGGAAUGGAUUCCUCGCGGAGCAAAACGUCCUCGGGAGGCUGCCGACCAAUGGGCUAACGUGUUCGUUGCACGAAUGGACCAGCUGGAUUCUCAGCUGGUAACGAGUAAGGACCUGGACCUUGCGGAUGUCGCCGCCGCACUUCAAUACCAACAUCGUGGAUGA